AUGAUUGAGUUACCAGCUAAAGGGACCGAUCUGUGGGAGUUGCCAUUGAGAUACAACAAUAAAGGGAUUACUAUAGGCUCCCCACCAAGACCCCCACCUCAAGUCCAUGAAAAUCCCAUGAUUUCCAAAUCUAAAGAUCAAUCAUCUACGGAUACGAGGACAGGAAUCAAAAAACGAAACAGGAGAAAUAAGCAGCAAAAUAUCGGUGAACUUGAACCUUUUUGUUGGAACAGGAUUUGUCCACAAGGUGUGGUUGACGCUGGAAUACAUCUGAAUCCAGCUAAAAAGAAGCAUUCUGUUUGGUUCAGUUUAACUCCUUCCUGUGAUCAGAAUAGAAAGAACACUCUGCAACUCCUAGUGGAACCGUACGUACAUAUAAUCAUGGAGGAGAACUGUAAUCCAGAUGUGUCUAUUCUCAUGAAGUAUAUCGUGUUGCAACUUAAGCAUGUUUGCCAACAGGAGGUUGGUAUCUUCUUGAACGGGAAACUUCUUGCCCCGGAAAUGAUGCUACAUGAUGUGGUGAAGCAGUGGAUGGCUAUUGUUGAUUCAGAGAGGAAAAUAACCAAGAUAGGAAGUUCUGCCGAGAACUUCUGUGUGAAGCUGACUUAUGCUCGAAGAGAAUAGACAAAAUUAUGCAUUUAUAAUAAAAUCCGACAAUUGUUUGUUCCUUAAUUAUGCCAUUUAACCGAUUGGCUUUUACAAUUUCUUGGUUAAUGCUGAUGGAAUGAAUUAAUUAGCUGGUUUCGU